GUAUUGACAGCGCCAACUGAGUUCUUCUGUUCGUCAUGGCCGCCAACACGAAAAUGGACGAAAUGAAACAGUAUUUUCACUUUCCUCGCGCUUUCGAGCACAAUCGCACGUUUAUUACGAAGACGAACGAUGUGACUGGCUGUCACGACCUCCGCUACCUGUUGGAAGCUCAGUCCAAGGGGUUGAUCGUCGCCGCAGUUGUGACAGACGACCUUCCCGACGGGGUGUACAGGGUCCUUCUGACAUGUCGCCUCGACGUUGACCCACCAACCAACAAUCCAAAAACGAUCCAAAAGAGGCAAAGGAGGCAGAGCAGGCAAAGGGGGCAAAGGGAAGCUCAAGGACAACAAACUGUACCAAAUGAUAUGAAGACAUUUGAAAGGUCCCAAUGCACAUUCUGUGACUGCAUCAAUCGACUCGCGACUGACAAGAAGCUGUGUGACCAAUGUACCAAACAUUUGAGAGCCAUAAAGUGUAAAAGACUUGGACUUCUUUUCAAGUUUGAGCCAGUCGUGAAAACUGUCUACGAUCCGGCAGUCUGGCCAGACGAACGUCUUGCAGAAUACUGUCUGAGGGCAUACGACGAAUCAAAGAGUAUGGGGAGGUCGCAACCUGAAGUUAGCGGAGUUAUUGAAUGGGAAGACUUGGUAUACUCCAACCUCGCGAGAAUCAGCGAGACCCACACCGAACGCACAGAGCGCAUGCGCUGGUAA